AUGGAACAAACAGCUGGCCAAGGCGUCGCUGCUCACCCGCUGUCCGAUAGCCUCGUCCGUUGGUUUGCCCACCAUGGCGGCCACCUGAGUCCCGACGUCCGCCUUGUCCAUAGCGACGCCCAUGGCUUUCACAUGCGUGCGCUGGCGCCCCUGGCCUCGCCCCUCAUCGCUAGGUGUCCCCUCAAGCUGACGCUCUCGCUGCUCAAUCUCGAUCCUGCAGAGGACGCUGUGCUACCCGUUGAGAGCGCCCUGCAAAAGCUGCGAGGCCAAAUCCCGGACCACAUCUUGACAUAUCUCAUGUUGAUUGAGCAGCGCAACAAGGGAAAAGACUCGCCGUGGUACCCUUAUCUAGCAUGUCUGCCGGGUCCCCAGGCCAUGGGCACGCCGCUUUGGUUCGACGACGCCGACCUGGCCUUUCUCGCCGGCACCUCGUUGGCGCCUGCUGCAAAAGAAAGAAAGGCCGAGCUGCACCAGCAAUGGGAGCACGCCGUUGCUGUCAUGAGGAAAUCUGGCUUGCAUCUUGCUGACACCGUUGACCUCGAAUCGUUGCAAUGGGCUGCCACCAUUUACACGUCGCGUGCAUUCAUCUCCACUCACAUUUUGCCCGGCAGAGACACGAUACCCAUGCUUUUUCCAGUCAUCGACAUUCUGAAUCACUCUGUCUCGGCCAAGGUGGAGUGGGAUUUCCAGCCUCGCCAGUCGUUUGCGCUCAAGUGUCUCGAAGCAGCGUCGAUUCAGCCUGGCCAAGAGCUGUUCAACAACUAUGCGCCCAAGCAAAACGAUGAGCUGCUCCUCGGCUACGGCUUCUGUCUUGAGGAUAACCCAAUUGAGCAGUUUGCCUUGAAGCUUGCAUUUCAGCCCCAGCUGCAGCAAUAUGCGCAGCAACUGGGUCUGCUAGACGCCAACAACGUUCCUUUUGGCAUGUGCACAGACUUCCUUGCGACUGAUCCCAACAAAGAGCAGCACUUUUUGCGCGCCAAAGACCACCCGUUUGGGCGUUAUCAGAACCACGUUCCUUUUUUCCGCGGCAUACCCCCGUAUAUUGUGCAUUUCUUCUUCAUCCAAACCAUCAUCACCUCAGAAAUAGACGUGAAUAGCAUCGACGUUGCACGCCCAGGAGGCAGGAUCACGCUACAGGUCUUGGUACUCUUGCAUCAGGCGCUAGAACAGAGGUGUGGCCCCCUCCCGCUGCACCUGGAGCAGUCGCCCAGAAACGACAAGCAAAAGUACGCAAAGAUUUACCGCGAUGGCCAAGCCCGCGUCAUUCAUUCGGUGCGGCGCGAGCUUCAGGCUACCAUAGCCAAGCUGCGAGCAUCAACCAGCCAAGCCUCGCCGCCAAUCUUGCAUUCGCUACCCGACGCACUGGAUGCUUUUGAACACAGCUUUCCUAUAGCCGCAGCAAAGUUUAUAGCUGCCCUCGCGCAGCACGGCUUGCACACGUCGGACAAGGACGCUCUGAAGUGGACAUUGCUACUUGCCGUCCUCAUGGCAACCAUGCUGACGGCUCAAGAUACAUCCGACGCUCCGCUCUUCGGUCUCCUUCGCAGCCUUUGUGUCCGUCACGCGCUUCCCAUGCUCGAGGACGGCAUCGAGGAUGUUGAAACAUAUACAUUUGUAGACGCGAACCUUGCAGACUUUGUGCACCUACCUUCUGCCGAUCCCCGCGCUGCGCCGAGCGAUGUUCUAGACGACGUUGGUCUCACGUUUGUAAAUCAGCCUGCUCAUGGGUCUGCGCCCGUCUUUAUUAGCGGCCGUACCGAGCACCUGGGCGCGCGCGUCGUCAUGUGGGCCAUGAGCGUCGUGGACCGCCAUGUAGUGCCUGUGUUUGAACACGGCCGGGUGAGCCAAUGCUUGUAUGCUGCACCCCAAGAGAGCGAAACGUGGAUGUAUGAGCAUGUCGAGUAG